CGGGGACCAAUCACAGACGUGCUUUCUUUCAGGGCUGGCAGUUUGAAACUGUCAGGCUUCUCUUGCUGGGGAGGUGAGGAGCGGAGGAGGCUGCUCAGGUGAGGGAGGCGGCUUUCGGGGGAAGGGGCUGCGGGGACCUCGAGCCAGGGGCAGGCUGGAGAAGCACUGGGUCGCGGAGGCGCGUCACUUUCCUCGCGUCCUGACGCGCAAUAAGCACCAUUCUAAAUUCUGCAUCUGCCCGUUGCCUAGAGGGGCGAAAGCGUCUCUUCCCUUCUCUCCGUGCAAUGCACCCUUCGCAGCACUUCCUUCUAAUUGCACGCUCCUGCCUGGCGCCUUCUAAGGCCUGUUGGCCCCUUUGCGACUCACAGUGCAUGCACUUGUUUGUGCCUACUCAGAAGUAAGCCCCAUUGAGUACAGUGGGACUUUACUCCCAGGUAGGUCUGUAAGAACUGCGGCUUUCCUGUACCAGUGUACCCAGCGACGCUCUCUUUUGGGUUGCCUAGAGGAAAGCAGGAGUUAAAGGAUAUGGCGAGCGUGAGAAUUGAGCCUGUGUGGUUAGAGGGCUGGGCUGUACAGGAGAGCAGGCUUCAUAAUCCCGACUGGAUGGGUGGCCUUGGUCCAGGCGUAGGCAAACUCGGCCCUCCAGAUGUUUUGGGACUACAGUUCCCAUCAUCCCUGACCACUGGUCCUGUUAGCUAGGAAUCAUGGGAGUUGUAGUCCGAAAACAUCUGGAGGGUCGAGUUUGCCUAUGCCUGGUUCAGUCACUCACUCACUCAGCCUAACUGGCCUCACAGGAUUGUUAAGAGGAUGAAAUGAGGAUGGGGAGAACCAUGCAGGCUGCUUGGAGCUCUUUGGGGGGAGUGGCGGGGUGUAAAUGUAGUGAGAAAUAAAGAAGUAAUCAAAAAUAAUGUUGCCGCUGACUGAAGACCAAUACAACAAAAAGAAAAAAACACCAUAUGGGUGUGAUUGUCAGUCCAGUAGCCUUACUGCUACAAAAUGCUUGCUAACAUGCCUUUUACACUACUGUUGUUAAUGCGCACAACGUAUGUUUUUUCACAGCAUUUUAAUUCACAUUCUGUGAAAUUGAGCAGACCCAUGCACACACAUGUGUGUGUUUUAGGUCUGUUGGGUUGCCUAAGCAACUUGGUUACCUACUUUUCCCUCAUGGUAGCUCAGUCGUUUCUUACUCCCAACCUAAGCCAUAUGAGCUGACUUAGUGACAAUAGAAAAUUUGCUGUCUCCCUCUCUUAUGCCCUUAUUUGAAAUUACUGUGCGUGAUAUGCUUUAAACACUCUUUAAAGUGCUAUAAAUUGGCUACUUUGCACAUUUUUAGGACAGCUGGAUAAAAUUGAAAUAUGGCCGCCUUAACCUCCUGUGUCUGCAUCUGUUGUGCAUUAGCCUUAAGCAACACUUUAGAGCUGAUUAAGAUAAAAGCUUGAUUGAAAUAGGAGCUGAAAGAGUAUUUCUGCAUGCUGUUGGUACCUUUACUUGAGUAAUGCUUCCCCAAAACCAGUGAACUACUCCAUUUGUCUUAAUCAAGACCUGCAGAUUCUGCUUAUGUGAUCUUAGAAGACUAUUUACAGUUAUUCAAAACAGUUUCUUGCCACAUAGGCAGGAUUUGUCUUAUAACUUGAAAGAGUUUCUAGCAGGCUCCAUAUUUGGAGGGUGGAAGCUUAGUGUAUGGUAUAAAGAAGGUGAUUAUAUAGACCAGAUUAGGUUAUUCUGCAGUGCAAGCUAACCUGCUUCUAGUUAACCUGUGAAUAUGUGUUAGAAUGUUGUAGGAUGGUCGGUCUUAACUUGUACAUUGCAUUGCAAAAAAGAAAAGAAAAAGAAUGGUAUAGAGACAAGGUGUCAGGCCAUGUUUUAGAUUUUUACCUUUUUUUGUUUUACUCAGUGUUCUAAUCAAUAUUAUUAGUUUUUGAUUUCUGGUGCUUAUUUAUAUUUUAUUGAAUAAUCCCACUUUUCUUUUGAACAAAACUCCAAGUCGUUACCAGAUGAAUAAUUAAAAACAAUAUCAAAGCCUAUUAACAGUAAAUCAAUAAUAACAAAACAGCAAUAUCACUCCCAAAAAGCAGGGAAAGCAACAAAAUUUAAGUGUUGGUCCCUUAUUAUUUUAUUCAAUACGGUAUUCUAGUUAGUGUAAACUGGAGGUGCAGAUUAUUCUGAAAAAGACAGCCUUAUUACACUUUUUUGGAAGAGAGUGGCAAGUAAGGAAGUACUCUGCUUCCUAGCCUAAAUGAACCACAAAUAUUGAACUAGAACUGGUUAUGGAAAAGUUUGUGACCCCGUAAGAUUACCUGCCUCAAAUUUGGAGCCCAUUAAUGAUUUAGAAGAACGUUUGGUCAAUGCAUAUGAAGAAAUGGGAUUUGGAUAAAAAAUGAAGUUCAUCCUCUGGAUUAUUUUUUUUAAAAAAUAGGUAUACCUUAGUGUGGGAUGUCAUCAUCUGAAGAGAACAGCACAAGUCCAGUUUUGCCAAAAGACUCUGAUCGAGGGAGUUCUGUUUCUUCAGAACUUCAGGUAGGCUAGAAAUAGUUUUUGGAAAUUGUGCAAUGUUUUUUAAAAGUGCAUGUCUUAAGAACUGUUAACUUUCAUUUAGAUCCUAUUCACCUGUAAAUCUAGCAGAAUGAAACAGUACAAAAUGUCUGUGGAGAAGAAUAAGUGUAGUACAAUGUACAUCUUCAUAAAUAAAUGCAGCAUGUCAACCUUUUAUAACGGCCACAAUCAGAAGCUCAAAUUUCUAGUCUUCUGCUAUGUAUUUUCAUCUAAGGGUGGGCACAACUCUGCCACACUAGGCUGAGGUAAGGCUGGCAGGUGGACCAGCAGCCAUGGCUCUGAGUGGCACUCUGCACAUGUUUGUUCAAAGCAUGCUGUUAGGAACCAGGAAUGUUUGCACAUUUGGACUGCAGAUCAGUGGGUCUAAACCUCCUGAUGGCUAUGCACAGGCCCAAGCUAGCAUAAUUUGAAUGCUGGCUGCUCCCUGACCGUAGCUCUCCUGAGGAAACCAGAUCCUUAGCCCAUCAAGAAGGCGCACUUCCUCAGUCAUGAGUGGGCGUUUGGGUGUCAGCCCUUCAGAGAGGGAGAGCCACCUUGUUGACUCUGAGUGUGAGUACUUGGGUGAAAAGGUUGGCUGUUUCAGGAUGAUUGCUGAAGUGGCUUCUGAGUGGCAAUAUUGUAGAAGCUGUGUGGUAAGUAAUAUUAUUAAAUUUCUGUCCCACCCUUCUUCCCAAAAGAACCCAGGGUGGCAAACAUCAAAAUGACUGAACAAUACGAUUUAAAAAGAAAUAAAUAAGAAACAUUUAAAAAUAUUUAGAACAUCUAAAACAUUUAAAAGCUAUUGUAUCUCACAGUUCCUAAUGUCAAGGUUGCCCUGGCCAGUAUCUUUUAGCCAUCAAAUGUUGGUAAUAAACAGGAAUGUUCUAAAAUUUAUUCUGAAAGUCAGUAAUUAGGGAGGUGGGUACACCUCACCAGGGAGCACAUUCCACAAAUGAGGAACCACCACUGAGAAUGCCCUGUCACAGGCCAAUUCCAACCAGGCAGCAGCCAGAGGCAGCACCACCAACAAGGUUUCCCCUGCUGAUCAUAGGCCCUGAGGUGGUUGAAGUAGUUACCGUAAUAGUGUUGCCUUCUCUCAGUAGCUUUGGUAUCGAGGACUAAGCUCAGCAGCAACAAUUUAGAAGACUUGUGAGACACAUCUUACCAUCUGCUCCCCAGUUGCCACCACCAAAGAGACAGAAGCCCUGUGAAUCCAACCCUCCCCCUAGGUAUUAUUAUUACAAUUAUUACUCCUACUGUUAGAUAUUAUUGUCAACAUCCACUGUUGGGUGCAAAACCAGCAGUGAUGUCAAUUGCAUGGGUAUUUUCCAUGAAGCUACUGCAGGUGGCGGGUUCUUUCCUUGGUGGUUGAAUGAAGGUGAGACUCUGUAUUCUGAUCCAUGUCAUCAGAUCCCAGAGCCCUCACUUUUGGGAUAGCUAAGAAAGGACUUAGGUUGGCCCAGGUAAGAGAGGAGGUUGAGAUGCUGGCCCCACAAGUGCACUGCAUACUUCUUACGUCAUAUGAAUUUCUUGGCAACUAUAUUCUGUCCUUUUUAAAUGUGCUGCUUUUCUGGUGCUUGCUCCCUAGUAAGUGUGCUUAUGGUCACAGUAUUAUUUUUUUGUAUUAGGUGGGAUAUGUGUUUUAAUUAGUUCAGGACUAAGUUUUUAGUUUUGAAAUACUCUUAUGAUUUGGUAAUUAUGAACCUGUUUGUUUUGAGAUUGGUUUUUCAUCAGUUACAUUUUGAUGAAUUGUUUAAUGGGCUGUUACCAUAUAAUGCCUUAAAGUAGUGCCUAAUUUAGAAUUUGUUUGUGUGUUUGGUGGUGCUGUGUUGUUUUUUAUAUGAUUUUGUCUGUUUUGUUGUAGUCUUGAGCAUAAUAUGUGUUAAUACAGUAUAUAAAUAAAACAGACAUUAGGUGUUAGUGAUUUGAGUAACUCAAUUUAAACAUUGGGAAUGGUGUUUGAAAAACCAACAAGCUAUCACAGUGGGGGGAAUAGGAGGGCUGAGCGGUGGCAAGACCCCAGAAGCCAUGUCUUUCUCCAUUCAGCAACUAAGAGAUUUGGCAAGCAGGGAAACCUUGAGAUCAGUAGCCUGCUUUGCAUGGGAAAAGGAAUGAGCAAGGAUGGAAAUAGAAAGAGAGCAAGUUAAACUUCCCGCAUUUUGAACUUUUGAUUUGGCAUCAAAUUUUGCAAUUAUUUGCGUUACGUUACGGCCCCCUAAGUGGUAAACAAAAUAUUAAUGCAUAGAAAGAUACAAUAAAAGUACAAUGAAUACAUUAAGACAAUUUCCCAAACAAUAUGAUAGCAAAAGCAGAAUGCGUGAUAAUAGCCUUCCUACACAGUGGCACAAACUGUCGCACUCAACCCAGUCACACCCUUUGACAUCUGUCUUGUGGUCCUUUUAUGACAGGAUGAAUAUGAAGAGCUGCUUCGCUAUGCUGUAGUUACCCCAAAGUUUGAGCCAAGUGUAUUACGGCAGUCGGAUCGCAUAGAGGUUCACCAGCAGUCUGCAGGUAACUUGUGAUAGAAACUGGAUAUUUAUCAGCAGAUAAGGGGUGAUUUGUUUUUUUAUGAAAGGAAGUUAUCUCCAACUCUCUGACAUGCCAGUGCAGGAAAGGGAGUUACUCGUGAUUAGAAUGAAGGCCCUCCCAUGCCUUAUAUUUUGAAAUGGAGUACCUUGACUGGUAUGUGAGCAUAUUGCAAAGGUUGGCAACAUUUUAUUUAUCUGCACUGUACACCCAGGAUUAAACCUGAACUCUCUUUCAUGCUCAAAUGCUCUGCUACCAAGUAAACCUCAUAACCCAGAAGAGGAUGACUUUGUGUAGUCCCACAUGAAAUAUACUCAUACUUUGCCUGAUCUUCAACGAAGCAUUCUAAAAUUGUUCAGAGUUUCCCAUUGGCAUGAUAUCUAAUUCAUGGUAACAUGUUAACUCAUAAUAUGAUUUACUUCAAGGAGAUUUCAUAGCACAUAUUCAUUUGUCAGUUUAUAUAUGUGCUAUAUUUUUACACGUUUGCUAAUCAGAGUAGACUAGUUCUGGCCAAACUGAACAUUUAAUUCUUCCUAUCUAGUCAUUAUGUUCCUAUAAUCUGGUGCCUUGUGGUAUUUUUCUUUCUUGGAAGACAGGAAUGAUUGACUUUUAAUGAUGAUGAUGAUGAUUUGUUUCAGACAUUUUUUUUAGUUAACAAUAUAUAUCCUGAGGCAUUUUGAAAAGUAACAUUUGCAUUAAUAUUUCCUUUUGAAAAUGUGAAAUAGUUUUAAUUCAUGUUAAUGCCUUUAAUCUUUCAAGGCAUUCAGAAAGUAUGACAUCCCCAUAGUUCCAAUUUUUACAGGCAUUUAUUCAAAAUUACAAAAGUUUGUUUACUUUGCAAGAAAAACAAACUAGGACAGUUUGAAGUGGCAAGAUUGUAAAGAAUCUUAAGAGAUGCAGCAGUUCUUACUAGCACUUGGUUUUGUAUAUAUAGUGUAUAAAUAUAGUAUUAUAUAUAUAUAUAUAUAUAUAUAUAUAUAUAUAUAUAUAGUGGCUUCAGGACCUCUUAUGAUUCUUGCAUUUUCAAAUGGAUGCAGUUCUGCUUCACUAUCAGCUUGACUAGUGAUAUGAAGGUCUGGGGAAAAACUGGAAAAAUAGGGGCUGGACCUGCCCCCUCUUUUUCUGGGCUUCUUUCCAAUUUUUCUCUUUGUUGUUUUCUGGACAUUCAUGUCUUUAAGCUUGACACAGCAGCACAAUAACACCUAUACUCUCUUUCUCUUGCUUGUACGCCUGAGACAUAUUUUAGAUAUAGCCAGGUUUGCAUAAAAAGACACGCUGGGUGUUUUUGUCUAGGAAAUACAAAUCAAGCCUGAAAAACAGAAGUAUAAUGGGCCUUCACUAUGUUUUUAAUGCUUACAUUGCUAAGACCUUUCUUUUCUUUUUAAAACACCUUUAUCAAUUUAAGAAAUGACUAUCCCCAUCCUUUGUCAGCAGGGUGGGUCACAACAAAUACAUACAUUCUUGAAUGUUACAUUGAAACUGGGAUUCUACCUGCUGGAUAUCAAGGUUCCAGGCUUGUGUGCUCCUUAUCGGUUUCGCCUUUGUCUUUCAGCUAACAGUCAUCUUAUCACAUUAAGAGUUUUGCUGUUACAUUUCUGAAUCUUCUACUUUUUUCUUCUUCCAACAUCUAUUUCUUCUCUCCUAUAUUUCUUUCCUGAUCAUUUAGCCUUUUUGUUUCUUUCCUUGUGUUCACAUUUCUACUUGUGAUGUUGAGUGUUUGGCCACCCACUGGAUCAUACCAGAAGCCUUGUCUUUGACUCUAGCUUGGAGCUGAGGCAGGUUCCUGAAGUUCCACAGUUUCAUUUCAUAGACAACAAAAUAAAAGGUUUAGAUAAUGAUGCCGUUUUGAGUUUUUACUGCAGGGUCUGCACAUGCAAACAUAUUUUACUAGCCUUGUAUGCCAAGUGAUGGACAAGCACUUGAGGGUAAAUUGGUCCUUUUGUCACUGAGUAAGCAUGAGUCAGAAGACCUUGCACAAAAUAGACCUUUAAACAACAAAUUAUGUACAGCAGCAAAACUGCUAGAAUUCAAAUUAUUGCAAGACUCUAGAAUUCUACAGUAGUUCUAAGAGCAGUUGUAAGAUGGUCUGCUAUUGGAUAUGUACUCACAUCCUUAAUGGGGAGGGAACGCUUUUGCAAGCUAAUAUCAGAUUAGCUGCAGGUGUAGUAAUCCCACCCUGUAUGACGAAACAACGUUAGGAAUUUCUCCUCCUCCUCAAACCAUCUGGAGAUCACAGUGGCUUUCCUACUGCUGAGCUGACACUGGAGCCUAACAGCAUCUUGCAUGAGCCCAGCUCAUUCUUCUCUAGUAAGUGUGUCCAGUAGGUGAUGAAAUUUCUAGUUUUGGGCAGCAAGACAGUUACCAAGCAGGCAGCCUUCACAUUAGAUCAUGUUCAUUGAAGAAGGAACUGACAAGAGUUUAUAAUAGCCAUCUAGUUCAUAGAUGAAGUUUAAUUUUGUGGCUGAAGUACAUUCUUGAAUGCGUAUGCAAAAUGGCCCCUUCUAAAAUAUGUAGAACAAAACCCUGGGUUGGAUCCAGUGAAGUCACUGAGGGAGUGAACAACUUCAGCUUGCACAGCAGAAUUUCCCCUCACCCACUGCACCCCCCAAAAUCUGAUCGGGGUUCCCCAACACAUUGGGGAACCAGUGUGGUGUAGUGGUUAAGAGCAGUAGAUUUGUAAUCUGGGAAACCGGGUUCACGUCUCCGCUCCUCCACAUGCAGCUGCUGGGUGACCUUGGGCUAGUCACACUUCUCUGAAGUCUCUCAGCCCCACUCACCUCACAGAGUGUUUGUUGUGGGGGAGGAAGGGAAAAGGAGAAUGUUAGCCGCUUUGAGACUCCUUCGGGUAGUGAUAAAGCGGGAUAUCAAAUCCAAACUCUUCUUCUUCUCUUCUUGCAAGUUCUUCCACUCAUACAAUGACUCGGUUAGAUUCAACCACCUGAAAGUCACUUCUGCAGUCCUCUCCCGUUUCAAGGGCCCUUGUGUCUGAGAGUGUUUAACAAAGGCAUGAGUAUCAAGCAUAAAGCCAGUCUUGAAAAGGAUGGUCAUAUUCCCUUAUCAUGGGAUGUCUGUAGGUGGAGUGCUUUUGUGAACUCCCACAAAUGCAUGCAUAGAAAAAGGGCAUGAAUUCCCAGGGAUUUGGGCAUGUUGAGGAGGAAAUGAAAGAGAAAUUUGUAGUUCUUGAAGCAAACCUGGCUAUGUAGGUAUGGAUACUGCAACCUGGACUGGCAUAUUUCCAACUCUAUGGAGCCUGGUCAUCCAAAGCAGCAAGCAUGUAGAAACGUUCUGGGAAAUAUUGACCUCUUAUUUUUUAUCUGCCUUAUUUUGCCCAGUUCACAUCUGCUUUUCAUUAGAAUUAUGAACUCUGCAUUUGGGAUUGCCAUCAUCUCAUAAACUGUAGAGUUUUAGUACUGUGAGCAUGCAGAAGAGUUGAUGCUUUUGCAAAAAUUUUGAACUGAAAAACCUGUUUUGUGGAUUAGUAUGCUUUGGUGGGAGAACUCCAAUUACUAAUAACAAGCCUUCCUUUGAAAUGAUAGAUCUAAGGAUAACAAUUAUCUUCAAAGAAGCUUCCUGUCCUAUAAAGAAGAAAUAUCAGAAUAAAACAGGCUGCAGUGUUAAAUCUAGCAUUUGAAUGGUUUUAACACUAAAAUUUAAUUUCCUGUCCUGUGUUAUCUGCUUAGUUAAUUAAAUCUGAAAACUUGUAAGACUGAUGCAAUAAAUUACUGAGCAGCAGUGACUCAUCUCCAGGCGGUUAAGUGCUGGUUUCUCCUAAGGUGCUGGUCCUCCAGUAUUGAACUGUUGCACUUCAGUGGAUCUGUGUUAAAGCUGACUUUAUCUCUUGUCUAUGAAAAUAUAUUGCCAAACUUUCUACUGUGUUGUUAGCAGCCCCUUGUGAUUUUCUAAUGUUUGGCAUUUUAUUUUAUUUUUCACCCAGUAAAUCUAGCAUUUAGUGAAAUUUCCCUUUCAGCAGGAAGUAACAGACUUUGGAACUCACACAAAUAAAGUGUUUGUUCCUCUUCCUCAACUAAAAGGCUUUGGAGAGCUCUAGUGCAUAGUUAGUUACACCAAGACUGCAAUCCUGCUACUGCUUCCUUCCAUUCUAAUAGUACUAGGAGUGCAUAUUGGGACCAUUUUGUUAGUGUUGCAAUCCUAGUUUCAGUUUCCAACAUAAGAAUAUUUUCAUUAGUGGUAUUCUGAAGUACCCUAUACCAGCCUAUGCAAAUCUGGUCAAUCCUCAUAUUUGAAACAGGAAUAAGUCCAGUAAUGGAUGAACGCAGACAUGAAACUGCAGCAGUGAGACGGAGGAAACAUGGGAGACCUUCUGAUUUUGCUACAUCUACUCGGACAACAAGGAUAGAAGGUAUAACUUAACUGGGGUGAGAAAUAAAAUUUUGACUCGUGUAUCUACUGCUUAAAAACUCUCAUUAAGGUUCAGUUUGCAGAUACGGCACAUAGGGGUUUCAUGCUUUUCUUUUUCAAAUAAAUGCUGUGGUUAUGCUGAAAUAGUGUCUGGCCCAAGCUAACUUGAUGGGUGCCUAGGGGUUUGAACUGACUGUUAACACAUGAUUUUACCUGCAAAUUUGCUCAGUGUCCCGCCUAUGGUCUGUCGAGUGUAUGUAUUUCUAGAAUAGCUACUAUGUAGAGAAGCAUGAGGGGUGAUCUUUACAUGGAAUGGGGUUUUGCCUCUUCCACCACCACCCCAUGAUAAAUAUCCCUUCUGCUUAAUCUCAAAACUGCCUCUCCCCCCUUUUUAAAAUAGUUUCUCUUACCAUUGGGGGAAGGUGUAAGAAAUGCUUUGCUGUAGAAACCAUCUUUGUUAAAGGGGUUGUUUAUAUCGUGGUUCAACUAUGUACAGUAUAUAAUUUCUGUGUUAGGACAUAGCAGGAAGCCAUUAACUAUGGUUUAGCAAAUGGCGACUUCCCGGGGUGGGCUUAAGGUAUCAGUCUCUUAAGGUCAAAUAGCUUGCUUACAGUGACCAGCGAAAGCUUUCCAAGCAACAACUGUGCUAGUCUGUUGCUGCAACAGAAGGUACUAAGGCAUCUAAUGAAGUCAACUCCAGUCCAGGAAAGCAUACCCUGUAAUAAAUUUGUUUUCCAAUUAAGAUGCCACAGUACUUUUUGCUGUGUUGAAAAAGCCAACACUGGCUUUGUAAACCUUUUGUUUGACUUUCACCAAGUAAGUUCAGUGAUAGGAUGUGGAAAAUCUAAAUGCCCUUUUCAUUUUUUCUUUUUUUCAGUUUCAACUGCAAUAAAGGAGCCGGCUCGUACGAACUUGGGGGGUCUUUGCCCAGUCCGUUCAGAAGACAGCUCUUCAGAAGGGUCCUCAUCUAGUCAAAGAGAUAUUCAAGAGUCAAAUGUGACUGAUUUAAGCCUUUCAGAUGAAAGAGUGACCCAAAUAGAGAGCAUACUUGAUCUCUGGAGUGGAAGUCUUAAGGUAUUUAACUUUGCAUUAAUUAUAAAAUCAUCUUGCAGAUAGCUUUGUCUUUUGCAACAUUUUGAAUGUUUAGUGACAAAAUGUGUAUGGGAAAUGCAUGUUGAAUGCUUUGGCCAAGUAAAACAAAGUGUUGUUAGACUUCCGGGGUGGCGCCAUCGGUAAUGGCGGACUCCCUCUGAUCUGGAGGGACCAGCUCCACGGGAAACAGGUCUUUCCCGCUACGGCGAAGCGGGAACCCUUUCAAAAAUCACAGGCGGAUGAAGCCUGUGACCAUGGGACUCGGCGGGCACCUUUAGCGCCCCCCCAACCCGCAAAGGAACCCACUAACGGGCUCCGGAGCGAAGAGGGGGAAGUGGCGCGGUGCUGAGAGUCAACUGCUUCUUCCGUGGAGCGAAGCCGCACAGCCGUUGCCGGAGAGCGCUGCCAUUUUCCUGGGACAAUUUGGCUUUUAAAAUAAUCACCCGUGAGUACUUAAAUCUCGGACAAUUGGACUCUAAAUAAUGAUUUGUGAGUAGAAAGGAAAAUUGGACUUAAAAAUUUACUUUAAUUUGGCACUGAAACGGGAAGGUCUAAACAGGAAGUCAGCCUUCCGUUUCUUUGUAGAUAGAUCAAAGCAAAGACAUGGCAAACUAGAGUUCAGAAAAUCGCUUGUAAAGGAUUAACUUCCAUCAUUUAAAACUGUUGAACCCCCUUCGGAAGCAGGAGAAGAGGGGGGAUUUUUUCCGGACUGUUUAAACCUGCAGAAGAGAGUGUAAAGCAAAGUAACUUUCCACCGUCUUGAUCCUGGAGCGGGGUGUCAGGACUGACGUUCUUUGGGAAGCUCAUUGACCAGAGACAAACGUUUUUGACAGAUAGUUAAAAGAAGAGAAACAUAGUGGUUCCACUGUUCCUUUUCGCAUUUUAAAGGAACAAAUAUUGACAAAAUAUCUGAAAAAGGAAACUUUGUUGUCAGAUCUGCCUUUAAAAGAAAAGAACAAAAAGAAGUUCUUCCCCUAGAGGGAGCCUGUGAAACAGUUUCAAAUUCUGAAUCGGGGAGCUUGCAGCUGCUACAGAUUACGAUCGUGGGAAUAGCCUUCUGACCUUGCAGAACAAUGUAUUCAGAAGCUCUGCUGCGUGCUUUCUGUAAAACAAGUGCCCUACUGGAACAGCUACAUGAGAAGACGGACUUGAUGACUGAUGCGAUCAGAAAUUUUGGACAGGCAGUGGGAAAUUAUAUAGAGCCCACCCAGGAUUCAAAUCAGGAGUGUGCUCUGACAGAACAGAUGAGAGAGGAUGUUGCUGAACCUUGGGCACCAGAGACGGAGGGAGCUGUGGCCCAGCAGGAACAUGAGUUCUUGGAUUUGACAAAUGAACUUGGAAAAAGCCAGAUUUGGAAAGAUAAAGUUUGGUUUGGUUUGGAAAUGGGGGGUUGGAUAGACCCCCCUAUGCAGAGAUGUUUGGACUUUUCAAGUCUGGCAAUGGGCCGUAAGAUGUUUGGGGGGCUCUUAAUUUUGGAGGGACUUUGAAACAUGUUUUUAAAUACCACAUGGAGUUUAGUGUGGACUAUGGAAAAGGGGCUGAUUUGUCGAGAAGGGUCAAAAACAUUGUUAAGUUGGAGUUCCCACGAGUGAAAGGAGCAGGAGACAAAGUAAAGUACAGGUAUAAAUAUGAAGAAGAGCCGCGGAAGGGACAUGGAAGGGACUUGAGGGCCUCGGACAUAAGAUUACCAGGUUAAUGCGCUAGAUUGAUGAGAUAGAAAGGACUGACAAAACCCGGGACCAGGAGGAAGAGACGCUGGAUGAAGAUUGGAAGAAAAAAAAUUUUUUUUUAUUAGGAUUGUUUUAUAAAAUUGAUGAAUGUUAGAAAAAUGUUGGAACGAAAUUAUUUGGCUUCAGCAAAAAUGCUUAAAGAAGUAUGUAAGAAUAUUAUGGUUAUGAGAAAUUGGUAUAAAUAAGAUCUAAGUUUUAAAUUUUAAGGUUUUUUUAUAGUAAGAUAAGAUUAAAAUAGAUUAAGGUAAUGUAAUGACAAUAUUAUGAAAUAUGGAAAGGAUUUGCUGCGACAAUUAAUAAUUAGGAUACAAAAAAAGGGAGGGGUGAGGAGGUCAAAGAAAGAAGGUAAUGACAGUUAAGGAUUUGAGAAUAUUGGAUUUGUUUUUAAAUGUUUGUGGCACAUCUUUGUCUUUUGAUCAUGAUGUGUUAUUUUUUGAUUCUGAUUUUUAUUAAUUUGUAUUGUUUGAUUGUGACUUGUUUUUCUUUUGUUUUUUCUCUUUCUUUUUUUGUUUCUUUUUUGUAAUUCUAAAAAUUCUUAAUAUCAUUUAAAAAAUAAAAAUAAAACAAAGUGUUGUUUUCAAGAGGCUCUAAGUCAAAUCCUGUACUGUUUGCAGGGCCUUGACGUACCUGAGCAGUACUGAGCCACAUGGCUCAGGUGGCAGAUUGGGAGGGGCUCCCCAUAUGCCACUACCAUGGCUACUCCUCCCCACAGGCCACGACUGCUGCCUACCCACCCAAGCCCCUCUUCAUGGUAUUGAUCUUGCCAGUCCUGCUACCACUAACACACUGGCAAUGCAAGCUAAGCUGGAAGCAAGAAGAGAUGGUGCGGUCUGCCCACCUCAGCUUGUGCAACUUCUUGCGCCAGCCCUCGGAACAAAAUCCCCUGUUCUAGAAAUGUUUCCUUCUAUCACUGCUUCUGCGGGGUUUUAUAAGAUUAAAGAACCAACCUUGAUUGAGUGGCAUUUGAACACAUCUUUUGUGUGUAAAAAAAGAUCUCAAAAGUUAGUCAUGUCAAAAAUGUUGUUCAAAAAGGAAAACAACUGAGAAUCUGUGCGUAACAAACCCCAACAAAAGAUAUACUGUGCUGUUUUUUAAAAUAGCAAAACAGCUUCAGAAGCAGCAAAUUUAGACUGUAGGAGUAGGUGGGGGCAGGACUUUUUGCCUACCCAUUGUUUCCCUGUUCUAAGACACCCGGCCCCAGCUGUUCUUCCCCAGUGGAGCUUCACAUGCAAAUAGACAAGAGGGCUCUGCUGCUCUAAAUUCUUCUUCUAAUAUUGCUUUUCUGCUACUGCUUGUUUUUUUGAAGUGCUAUACUCUCAGUGGCUGUGCAUCAUGUCUAGUUAGAAGAAGGUUAGUCAAUAUGAUAUCCUCCUGAUGUUGUGGGCUACAGUUCCCAUCAUCCACUUGAUCACUGGCCAACCAGCUGGGGCUGAUGGGAGUGGUAUUCCCAAACGGCACACAUUGACGUCCGCUGAGAUAGAGCCUAAGGCUGCAAGUCCCUCUGAACAGAAAACAGCCUGGACUGCAGAUUAGAAACCAAAUUGCCUUCACUUGAACAACAGCUGUCAAAAUAUAAUUACACUCCUGCCUUCUUAAGAUUGGAUUACCUGAGUGAAACAUAUAUGGGGAAAAUGGCAUUUGAAUGAGCCAUUUGCAUUGGACUCGCAUAUCAAAGCAAGUAAAAAAACAAAACCAUCUGCCUUGUGUUUCUGUGAUACUGGGCUCUUGUGGUCCAAUGUUCUAAUUUAACUCCUCUUCAGAGAAGGCCCUGCAUAGGUUCUAUGGGUUCAUGAAUUUAGAUGUUCAGAGCUGACACCUAAACGUGAGCCAGUCAUUUGAAUGAUUGUUCCGUACUGCUUUUAUAUUGCUGUGCAUCACCCUGAUAUUUUGUGGAAAGGCAGUAUAUAGAUACUUUCAUAAACAAUAAAUAAAUGUCAUGUACCAGGGAGCCUGAAUGUGUCUUGUGGCAUGUGAAAAAGAUGUGCUGUCCCCUUUCUGCUCGUACAUACUUCUUAAUGCAGCAUUAAUAUCGGUUAACUUUUCUGUGGAAUGUGGAACUACUUUCUAUAAUAGCAGUGAUACAUUUCAUUGUAUGUGUUUGGUGGGCUAGGGUUCGUUCAAUUUCUUCACUAAACUUCCCCCUUUAAUUCUUCAGACCAAUGUUCUGACUGAACUGAGGAAAUGGAAACUUCAUUUCAUUGAACAUCACACGCUAGAACUGAGACAAGAAAGAGAGAAACAUGCAGCCCAUGUGAGACAAUUGACCAAUCAGAUGGAGAACCUGAAGGAGCUGCUGCAUACAUAUGAGAUUUCAAUAGGGAGAAAAGAUGAGGUAACACUUUUUGCUAAUUUAUUGUAAUAAUUCCUACAGUGUUGCAAAUUAGCUGCUGGGCUAAGUUCAAGGUGCUGGUUUGGGUGCAUAAAGCCCUAUACAGCUUGGAACUAGGAACCUGAAAGAUCGCAUUGCCCCUUAUAUACCCAGUCAAUCACUCUGUAGGUGAGGGUCUCCUGUGGAUACCAUCCUAUUAUCUUUAUUCAUUCCUUCAUAUCCUGCCUUUUCCCCAGAACUAGGACUCAAGACAGCUCACAAACACUAAAACAAAUACAGUCGUACCUUGGAAGCUCCUGCACCCAAUCGGAAGCCGCGGAAGCCUCGUCAGACGUCCGGCUUCAAAAAAUAGUUCACAAACAGGAAUAGUCACUUCCGGGUUUGCAACGUUCAGGAGCCAAAACGUUCGGGAACUAAGCUGUUUGACUCCCAAGGUACAACUGUACAGAUAAAACACGCAUAGCUAAAAACAUAUAAAGGGUUAUCAUUAAAAAGAAACUAUGUGAAAAACCCCUAUUAAAAUGCAGGUAGAAAACAUGCAUGCUCACACUGAAACAGCAACAGUACAGCACACUAUCAAGAGCCCUUUAUUUAAGAGCAAUCAGUUCCCCAAAACCUGCUGGAAUAAAACAGUCUACACCAGGCAGCGGAAGGACAACAAGCCUGUGCGCAGAUUCAUGUGAGAGAAUAUGGUCCUUCAGACUGCCUAGACCUGAGCCAUAUAGGGCUUUAUAGGUGAUAAGCUGCACUUUGAAUUGUGCCCAGAAACAGACUGGUAGCCACUGGAGCUGUUGCAACAAGGGAGUUGUGUGCUUCUAUCAGGUCUGUUCCGCCCAAUGUAGGAUUCAGCCCUUUAAGUGUUGUGGCACCUCCCCUUCAAUAUUAUGCAGGCACAGUCUCAGCCCCUACUGAAGACCUUCCUCUUUCAACCAGCCUUUUGAGCUGAGAUCUUUUUUGGUCUGCCUCUAUAUUGGAAUUUAUUUUAAGAUGUUUUAUCAGUUGUUUGACACCUUGGCCUCCUUUGGGAAGAAGAGUAGGGUAGAAAUUUAAUUAAUUAAUUAAUUAAUAAGGAAAGGUUUACCUGCAAGCUGAAUCCCUUUUUCCUCCUUGGCUGCUGAGAUGAUUCCUAACACCAAAUCAUUAUGUCUUGAUCGGUUAAUGUAUCUCUGGGUUGCCAGCCAUUUUCUUACUACUUGCUUAUGCCACCAUUGAAUGGUGAUUGGCGUUGGGUGAGAUGCCUGCUAUGAAAGGGAACUGCAGGUAGUGCUUUAAUGGCACUGUCUGUCAGAUUUUUUUGGAUCAAUUUAAGUAAAUUACUGUGUAAGGUAAAGGUAAAGGGACCCCUGACCAUUAGGUCCAGUUGUGGCCGGCUCUGGGGUUGUGGCACUCAUCUCGCUUUAUUGGCCAAGGGAGCCGGCGUACAGCUUCCGGGUCAUGUGGCCAGCAUGACGAAGCCGCUUCUGGUGAACCAGAGCAGCGCACGGAAAUGCCGUUUACCUUCCCGCCGAAGCAGUACCUAUUUAUCUACUUGCACUUUGACGUGCUUUCAAACUGCUAGGUUGGCAGGAGCAGGGACCGAGCAACGGGAGCUCACCCCAUUGAGGGGAUUCGAACCGCCGACCUUCUGAUCGGCAAAUCCUAGGCUCUGUGGCUUAACCCACAGCGCCACCCGCGUCCCUAAAAAUUACUGUGUAGCAGCUGAUAAAUGUCCUCUAUGCGUUUUAUCCCAUUUUCUUCACUUUGCUUUGUUUAGAUAAUUGCCAAUUUGACACAUGCAAUUGAGAAACAAAAGGACAGAAUAGAGCUAAUGAAGAAAUUCUCAAAGUGGCGCCUUCAGCAUUUCAUGGGCAAACAAGAUGCCAGACAUGAGGUAAACAUGAAUGUUGAUAGUUGAAUUUCUAAGGAUCAGAACUCUUGCAGGGCCUGUCGAUGAAGAAUGUCUUGAUUCUUUUAAACAAACAAACAAAAUCCUUCCUUUAAAGUAAGAUGAAUAAAAAAACUGAACAAAUCUGCAGUUUUCAGUCUGUCUUGGAAACUGGUGCCCUCUUUCCCUUGAAGCAACUAACUGAGCUAUCAACAGGUGGGGCAAUGCAAAGGUAACAUUUUGCACUGAAAAGAUUAUGCUUGGAUCUUGUUCCCAUGAGACAAUGUGCAUGGAAAAAUUAAAACGUAUUUCAUUAACCCUUUUUGCUACUCAGUAGCAACUAAGCAUCUUUGUCUGAAUUCUAACAUGACAGAACACCAGCACAUCCACUAGCCCAGCACUUGUUAGGCAACGCUGUGGGUUAGAUAUGGCAAUAUAUAUCCCAAAAACCUCUAUCUUGCUUUUACUGCACUAGAAGAAUGCUGGAGUGAUUUAAUCACAGCUUAGCCAGAGCAGAUGAAUGCCUGUUUUGUGCCCUGUUCACAUAAGUGGCUGACUAAUGAAUAGGAAUUUCAGACCCGACACUGAUUUUCACUCCUCCUCUAGAUCUACACAAAUAGACUGGCUGAUCGGUUAUAUGAAAUGGGUUUAUUGAAGAAAGCGUGGGCAACCUGGCGCUCUCGCAUCCAUGUAAAAUGGAAAGAGACUGUGGAAAGGGCUUGUCAAUCAAGUGCUGAAUCUGUACGUGUUUCGCUAUCAAAUACCUAUGAAAGUCAACUUCAAGAGGUAAGGAAAUUUCUAAAGGACUAUUUUCCUGAUGAACCAAUCUAAAAAGGCAUCAUUUCUCCGGUGGAGCAGGAAGCAGUGUUUGCCCAUAUGGUGAAAGUAUUUUAACUAUGAGGGUUUACUAUUUAUUUUUAAGCCUUUGUUAUAGUAAGCAGUAUUGAGGUCAUAAUAAAGUCAAACAGAAAUUGGUCCUAGCUUUGGAUUUUGUUAUGGCUUCUGGUGCUUUAUUUUGUUCAAAAGCAGAUCUGAUGAGACUGAGGAAUUUAGCUUCAAGUGAGUUGUGGUAAUUAAGUGUGCUGAGAUUUCAUAACACCCAAGUAGUGAAGGAAAAGUUGAGUGAUCAGCCUGAAAAUCAGAGAGGCUGUAAGGAAUGUAAGAGAGACUUUGCUACCACAGAAGCAUAUAUUCAGGGAGUUGAAGCAUGCAGGAACUCAUGCAGAUUACUGCAAUUUGGUGAGGUUGGAUCUUACCAGAAAAUGUUUCAGUGAACAGCAAGAAGGGUUUUAGACAAAGGAAAAUACAAACCAUAGGUUGGAUCAGUGCACAGAACAACAUGCAGCUGGGAGAACAAUUGAAAGAGAGAAUGGGGAUUAAAUCUUCAAAGGUAAAACUUUGUUUAGAUUGGGUUAUAUAAUCAUAAUUUUGAGAUUCCUGCAUUGCAGGGGGUUGGACCAGGUGAUCCUUGGGGUCCCUUCCAAUUAUACAGUUCUGUGAUUCAGAUGGUACCUUCCUGCUCUUCAGGCAUGCUGGUUGGGACAUCCAACGAGUAGAGAUAAUGCUUUAAAAUCCCAAUAGGUAUGGGCCUGAGCUGUGGCUAUGAUGACCCCAUGGUUUAUCUGGACCUAUAAUUUGGGCUUAUAUGUAACACUGAAUGUCUCUGCAUACAUGCGUCUUUACAGAUAUUCUACUUAAAUGUGGCAUCCAUGUGUAUUGAGGUGGGAAGGGCCUUGCUCCUCAGUGUACACAUGGGAACACAAUCGGGAGGAGUGUUGCCCAAUAUCACAGUAUGAAAUUAGUUUUUUAAUAUAGAAAGUUGUUUCACCAGUCCUUUGGUAUAUGAUACACAGAAUGGAUACCAGGUUGCUUCUGAAUCAUUACUCUUCUGCUAUCAGGUGCAAGUGAAAUUGUAAUUUACUUUCCACACUGUUGGGAGCAUCACACUUUUUCUAUGUGAGCAUUCUGUAGUACACACUCGUGGCUGUGAUUUAGCUGUUAUGGGUGUUAAAGGGAAUGUCCACAUUCACUAUAGGCUUUGUGGUCAAAUGCUUGAAAUAAACAGCUAUUUGCUGUGUUGAAAUGUUGUUAGUCAUUCCAGGCAGUGUCCUAAUUUCACAGCUUUUAACACCAGCCUUGAAAUGACAAUUCAUAGCAAGUAGUCUGCCCCUAUAUUGCUUGCCUAUAGCCAUCCCUCCCACCCCUGUCUCCAUGCCACUUCUGUGCUAUCGAGUUGCCUCUUCCAGCUAUUUAAAGCUGCACCUGGCAAUGUGAGUUGCACUCCAGUCCUCACUGCAGUUUCCGAGCAUUAGCCUAUUUUAAGUCUCUAAUGGUGGUGGUGAUAUAGUUCUCCCAUUUCCUUUUUGCCACAAAGGGGCCAGUACCCUGCAGUAUAUAUACCUAAUCUCAAUAUCUCUCAAGACUUUCUGUAAGAGAAAUGGCCCCAAAAUACACUUGUUAGAAAUGUUUUGUUUCCUUGCUAGUUAAAUAUUGCACUGGAGAAGUCGAAAUCUGAGCUCAUGGAAAUGCAGAACAAAAGGCACGAUUAUGAAGAUGCUAUGAAGAAGGCCUUCAUGCGUGGAGUCUGUGCAUUGAAUCUGGAAGCAAUGACCAUAUUUCAGGGCAAAGAGUUCAAAUUUGACCAUGGUGAGUAUAACAAGGAAAGCAAAUACUACCAGCUUGCGUCAGCAUGCCUAUGGAUAACUUGUGCAUUUGUUCUGAUUUCAAUUUCUCAGGAAAAUUAAGUUGAUUAUCCAGUCAUACUGGAGGAUAAAUGGUUGAAUCAAAACUGCAACACUGCAUCAGUUCAGUUAUUUACUAUUGGAGGGCAGUGAAGGGAAGCUCCAUGUUUAUAUUUGAUUAUAAAUGUGUAAACAGUUUAGUCCUUAAACAAUCAGUUCUCUAACAAAAUGAUCCUGUCUUAACAGCCCAUAAUUUCUGUUUUCCGCUUUCCUUUCCACUAUAUGACCACUUCCUUCUUGCCUCCUUGAAAUGCAUUUGAAAAAAGCAGUUACUCUCUUGCUUCCCUCUCACCCACCCCUGGUUAUUCCAAAGGAAUUACUGUUUAUAAAAGACUUAGCUGUGCUUUUAGAAGAAAGAAAUGUUAAGAUGCAGUAUUUGCACGUUUAAAUCAUCUUAACCUGGUAGUGUGGAUAUAAAAAAGUAUUGUUAUGGGGCACGAUGAUGUCUGGGGCCUUCAAAAAGCCUGCAGCCACCGAAUCAAGCCCCUUCCCUUUCUGUUAUCCCACCUGCCAUUGGCAAGGAAAAUGGAGAUCUGAGGGAGGUAGGGCCUGAGACAAACCUUUGAAAGAGUGACCAGUGGCUGGGUGCAUUGAAGGGUCUGGAGCAGAUAUGGAAAAUCUCUUUUUCAGUCGAGGGCCACGUUCCCACACAGGAGCCCUUUUGGAGAGGGGUGGGUCACAUGGCAGUGGUAGACAGAUGCAUAAGCAGAUGGAUCGAUAACUCUCUCUCUUAACUUAUUUCCAUUAAGCUACAUUCUAGCUAUGGAAAAGUCAGGGGUUUCUAACCACACGUUUCCCACUGUCCAUCAAGGCAGCCAAGAGGCAUCAUCACCGUUCAAAGACACAUUCUAGCCAGGCAAAACCUCUCAAGGAGGCCUUGCAGGACCAGUGGGAGUGUGUCCUGGAGAAGGAGCUACUGAGAGUCCUGAGGGCCUGAUGCAGAAGCUUAGAGGGCCAGAUUUGGCCCCCAGGUCUAAAGACUGUUUUGCCACCCACUGUCCCCAAAAGAAUUAUGAACAGACUAAUCACAAGCCUAGAGUUGGUUCCUAAUGUUAAUCCUCGGAUUCUCAAAAUGUAUCAGCUUCUCCUUUCCUUGGUUUAAUGGAGCAUAUACACAACCUCUGAUUACAAUGUUAAUGUAAAAGAGGCAAGGCUCAUCCGUUCCUGUGUCAUCUGACAGCUUCUUGUCCAAUUUGAGACGGUUGCUGAUGACCCAAAUGGGUUGGGUAACGUCUCUCUCUUCACGUGACGGAUAUACAUUCCUCCUCCUGCUACUUCUUGUUGCUAGAUUUCCUUAAAUAAAGGAGGCUGCCGUUUUCCUUUUCUUUUCAAGGACCGUUAUCAGAAUACAGUCAUAUCUCGGCUCCCUGAAUGAUAAAAAUUUGAAAAUUUUUUGGAAGCCAAGCAUCCAGUGUGGCUUCCGCUGUUGUUUCUGGCUUGCCUGCAGAACUGGAAACAAACUGGAAGCCGCACCUUGGUUUCUGAAUGUUUCGGAAGUCGAACAGACUUCCGGAACAAAUUCCAUUCAACUUCCGAGGUACGGCUGUAAUAAUUAUUUUUAAAUCUGAUGUACCUAGCUUGCCACAGGGUGUCACUCUAGUCCUAGAAAAAGCUUUAUGGCAGGAGUAACCGGAAAUAUUGCGUGUGUCUGCAGACACUUUCCAAGGUCCUCACCAGGGCUGUUUCAUUUUUAUGUGUCCCUUUGUCUCUCUUGACUGCUUUAUAUAUUAGCAUUGGCCAUAGAGUGACUUUGUUUCUUGCCACAUCUGUUUUCCCUCUGUUGAUAUUGGCAAGCGUAUACAGCAAGCAGGAAAGCCCAACAGCUUAUACUACUUGCAAAUGAACUUACUUGUAGGAAGGCAUGCAAGUUUGACACUUCAUUGGUGAAGCUUGAAGAGGACAAUGCUCUCUCAUAUUCCAGAUAUUAUGAGGAAUGGGAGUGGAACUUAAUUUCCCUGGGUAGUAUGGUUUUGAACUGAACUUCUAAAUAGAAGGCACAGCAUAACAUGAGGUGUCGCUGUUUGUGGAAAUAUUUCUCAGGAAGAAUAGCUGGUUGCACGUCCUUGAACGAGAGCAACUGUAUUUAAUCUUCCAUAAUAUCUUAGUUCCGUUUCCAGUGAUUAAAGGCACAGUUGGGAACAACUGAUGGCCUUUUGAUCCUGCUGGGUUCUGGAAUAAGUUAGUCUGUAAAGUAUAUUUCCAGUAGGUAUGACGGCUCUUGCAUUAAUGUGUGUGUCACUGAGCAAAACUCUUUUACUUCCUUAAAUUUAAAGAAUAGUUUCUGUCCCUCCCUUCUAGUGCCCAUGCACCACUUAGAGAUCACAGGUAAAAGAAAAGAAACCUAGCUUAACAGGCAAAAGGUUCCUUGCUUGCCCCUUUCGUUGGGAAUUCUCUCAAUAAUUCUUGCAUACCACUGCCUCUCUCUACGUUGAAACCCUCAUCACAAAACCCUCCUCAUUUUUGAAGCAUCAACCAUGUGAGAUCAUCAUAGAACUAUAGAGUUUGAAGGGACCCUAUCUAGUCCAACCCCCUGCAAUGCAGGAAUUCUGCCCACUGUUGUCCCUGGGUGGCUCGAACCACCAGCCUUCUGAUUAACCAGACACCCAAACCCAUUGUGCCACAGAGCCCUUGCUCUUAAUUCUUCACACACCCCUGAAACUAAACCUAACUAUGUAUAACUACAUUUUUAUCUAGAUUCAGGUAGGUAGCCGUGUUGGUCUGAUGCAGUCGAAAUAAAAAAAUUGUCCAGUAGCACCUUAUAGACCAACUAACCAUGCACACGAAAGCUUAUACCAGAACAAACUUAGUUGGUUUAUAAGGUGCUACUGGACAAUUUUUUAAAUUUUUAUUUCAACUACAUAUUUAUCUAAAAAUAAAUAUUCCACCUUUUGGCCAAAUCUGUUCGGAAGGCAGUUUUACAGUCCUUGAAAACAAUUAACUACUGUAUUAAAGAAAUACAAAAUGUACUUCACAAUAUAAAAGCAGUGCUACAAACAGGAAUAAGCAAACAAUAUACUUGGUAGCAGAAGGGAAAGGUAGGGGAAAUUAAAAUGUUAGUUUGAUAUGCCAAAAAAAGUUACAGCUUGAUUGGUGCGGGAGUUCUAUAAUCGGGGUGCCGCAAUUGAAAAGGCACUGCCCUGUGAUUUUUGCCAACCUGAUGGGGAUGAUACCAAGGAAGGCUUGAACAUUUUCUUUCCCUUUGCUUACUUCUGUACUUUCCCCUUUGUUCAGCUGGUUUGCAACUGUCAUGGGGACCACUUAGAAAAGCAUUUACCAACUGUGACGGCUUACAACUUUUAGCAAUAAAGAUUUCAUUCAUUCAACUAUCACGGGGAAAGGAUCUGGGUUUUUUAAUGUAUUGAAGUUGCUCGGUAAAUUGCCAAAUUUAUAUAGAUAACAAAUGACCAGCCUCUGUCUUAGAAGAUCCUUCAUCACACAGUUUUGUUGACAACGGGUGCUAAACUGGAGUAAAUACACUGAUCUCUUUUUGCUGUGUCUCUAAAUUGAAUAGCACAUAUUAAGCAGUGUAUUUAGUUUUGAAAUCUUCAUACAGCUAUAUGGCUUCUGUUGAAUUCAGUACAAAAUGCAAAAAUAAAUAAAUCACAAUUUGUGAUUUAACUCUUUCUAUGCAAUUCAGUUCUGAAUGUUUGCAUGCAAUUUGUUUAUAGUGGUUGAGCUAUCAGAUAGAACAGAACCUGGUGCUGGCACUGGUAGUUCUGGUGGUCCUACAGCAAAGCUUCCUACAUCUCACUUUGAUCGGCAUUUACCCCCAUCCUCCUCCUUGCCGCCGCCACCACCACCACCACCUCCUCCUCCUUCCACUCCUCGUCCUCUAACUGCGGCUCCAGGCUCUGCUCCUGUAGAGGAUCUGGUAAGUGAAGAAAUGCAAUCUAUAACUUUGCGCAGGAGCAAACUCCUAGUUUCAGUAAUUCUAGAUGUGUUUAAAAUUUGGUGGACAAGAUUGGGAAAAGAUCAGGAAAAAAAUCAGUUAGGAUGGGUUAUGUUAAGGUUAUGCUGGUGAUAUAGGGCUAGUCUCCUACAAAACAGAUUAAUACAUUAUGGAGAUAAUUUGGGCUGGGAAAUUGGAGAUACAGAACUUUUAAUUGGACGUUUGCAACUUUCUCUCAUUGCUUUGCAGUUUUCUUCUCACCACGGCCAUGCAGUCACCUCCCAAACCAGAUUAGACUCGGCUGCUAUGGUAUUGGCCUCUGGUGCUGCUACAGGGUCAGGCGUUGUGUCCAUUCCAAAACUGGUAAAUAAACCAUAUUAUUAACAACACAAUGUACACUUUGAAUGUAUGCUUUAUAUUUGUAUGCUUUAUUUUUGACUUUCUUAAGUAAUAUUUUAUUCUGGAUUGUUUUAUUUGAUGUUUUAAAGUAGGUUGUUAACUGCUUUGAGAUUUUUUUCUUAAAAAUACAAAGCGGUAUAGAAAUGAAAUGAAUUAUUAUUAGUAGUAGCAUUUAUUAUCACUAGAUAUGCCUACUUGGAAGUAAGUUCCAUUGAGUUCAGUGGAAUUGGGGGAUGAAAUUCAGGAAUAUGAAAAUACCCAGUGGUGGGCAAGAGAGGUGUGCCCUAUUGCUAGGGCAAUCUGCCCAGCCCUCUUUUUAGUCCUGUGUAGUGUCUGCCACACAGCAAAACAGUAUGUGCCCUGUUGAGGCAGCACGGCUGCCUUUGAAAUAUAUUUGGCUCCAGACUCAUGUAAACUGACAGUGAAACAUUGAAGUCAUCAACUCUGGUUGGCUUUGCCACACCAUGGCAUCAUGCUUCCUAGAUGAGAGCAGAUAUUCUGGGGACCAAGCUGCAGGGUAAUAGUGUUUUUUGAUGCACAUAGCUGGUAAAUGGUAUCUGACUGCAAAAAACACUAUGUACUACUCCCUGUGUAAUUAGGAUUUGUGUGUUGUCUGUCAUAGUCCUCGGGUCGAGUUGUAACUUCAGCACAACAGAAGGCUGGAAGGACAAUCACUGCUAGAAUCUUCGGCCGGCCUGAUUUUGCACUAAAGAAUCGGAUUUGUAGUAACCUAGACGUGUUGGGCGUUUCUCCUCCCAUGAAUUCUGUUGUUGUGGAAAAACAUCAUCCAGUCACUAAAGUAAGUCUUGUAAAGUUUAAGUAAUGUGUGCCUUUUACCUUUUUUUCUCCUGUGAUUUAAGUUUGUAUUUCCUGUGUCGGUUUGAAAGAUCAAGUACAAAACGUGGCUAGAGUGAUCCAGUACACAAGCAUAGAUUAUUUUAAGUUUUAUAUGGGAAGCAAUAAUAUCCCUCUGUUUGUAGACACCUGAGUUCUCUUGAUUUGGAAGCAAAAGGGGCCACUUUCAAAUAAUAGUGGUUGUUACAUAAUUCGGGGAAUACCCCAGGUACUCGGAAGUAUGAUUCUGUAUAUUAAAAGUAAAGGUGGGGAUAAAAAAAAACCUGGUAAGGGCUUGGCAUGCUGACAAUGAACAAUUGUUUUUUCAUUGCUCUUCAGUAAUGGCAUUUCUGAUCUCGGUAUAAUUUACUUCUAACCCUUCUGUCAAGAGAGAGUGGCAUGAUCCACCCAUUUCAAUCUAAGCUAUACUUUGCAUCUAGUGCCUUCCCUGCCCCCCAUACCAUAUGCUUGUUUUGAAAACUAUUCCUCUUUAAUUUGUGGUAAUUCGAAGUAGCUGUUUCCUGUCUCUACUAAAAGCUAGAGGCAGGACUAGAAUCUGAUUGUUAACUGCUAGAGGUGACCAUAUGUUUGUUUGGUGUCUGGUCUGAUUAGUACACCAGCAGUAUUAUGAGCAAUUGUCUUGGGACAUUACAGUCCCUCCAUACCUGUCCUGAAAUCUUGUUGAACUCAUACAUACUCCCAUUACACCAGCUGUGUUUUUACUAUACUUAAUCCUUCACCAUGGACAGCAAUCAGUCAGUCAUGUUCUUGCAUGAUCAAGAGGUGAUCCAUAAUGGUUCUGGUGAACAUCUUAAGUCUUAUUUCCGCAAGAAGGUGGGAAGCCUCUUCCAAACUGCAGGUGGGGGCUUGCAUGUUGGAAUGCUCUACAAAACUAGACUUAUAAUACUAGUAUGUCAAGAAGGCUAGGACUAUUCUCUUUAUAUCUUGUUUUCUAUGCCCAGGGAAUUCUUGUUUUAUAGGAGAAUGAGCAGUUACAUGAGCCCACUCUGCAGCUGAAGCUGUUAGAGCCCAGAAAGAGGUUUUUCAUCUCAUUUGCUGCUGAACUAAAGACUGAGUCAGUUUCUGUUGCAUCCUGCAAGCUUAUCACUCUACAGGGGCCUUUUUUGAGUAGGACUAAACUAUGGUUCUCUUGUUACAUGCAAAGUUCUUAGGCUUGUGUGCCCCACCACCACUCCCCUGUUCUGGUAUAGCCACAAGGAGAUGUUUGGGAGGGGAGGGCACAAGGAAGUCCAUAAGCCUGAAGCUUGUGCAUAUACCAUUGGACCAUAGUUUAGCAGUAUGCAUAAACCAGGCUGUUGGGUUAUGCUUUUCAGCAGAACAAGCAGAGAAUUGGAAAAAAAUGGAGGAAGAAGUCCAAAUGAGAAAGAUAAUAAAUAUAAGGCCUUGAAACUGUAGGAAACCUUGACAAAGUUUGUUGGUUCUGAGAUACCGAAUGCCUUUUUUGCCGUAACUGAUAAGAGACUUGGUAUAAACUCUGAAGUUUUCAAAGGUGAUUCUUAAUUCCUUUUGGAGCUUCAUGUUUGUUCUCUAUCCUUUUCACCCUACUCCUUACCUUUUGGUACGUUGAAAGGUCCAGAUGCCACUUGGACUCAUGUUUUUUUCUCCUGCCAGUUUCCUUAAACUACAGCUUGUAACAAAGGUCAUCUAAAGCUUUUUGAAAGCAAUGUUUCUUGUCAAUCACUAUGUAUGUUUUUGCGUUUAAGUGGACACAUAUAGGCCAGGACCCAAGGCUAUAAGAACAGGCUUGACUGUACUAUUGUGCUACUUUCCCUAAUGACAAUCUGUCAGUCAGGCUGCUUGUCUGAGAAGACAGCAGGAGAGGAACAUAACUCCCAUUUCUGCAGGAAUCAUUACUUUUUUUGCAACUUUUUCACUGUAGAGACUGUAAAUCUUGAAUACAAAGAAAGAAUAUGUGAGGGAACCAGCUUACCUACUGUAGAAUACAUGAGGGAUGUUUGACUUGAAAUGUGAGAGUUCAAAAAUUUUCAGUGCUUUUUGAUGGGGAGUUUGUGAACAGGUGUGAUGCAUAAUCUGCGCAGCUGCAAAUCAGAAAAUUCCUGGUUUGAAUUUCUCCUUGACUAUGUGCUCUCCGGGUAGUGUUGUUAUUAAUUUGUCCAUUUAUUAGAUUUCUUACCUUUUCUCAUAAUGUCCCACAUUAUGGAAUAUACAGUUAUGAAAACAGCUACAGCCAUAAAACAAGAAGGUUAUAAAAGCAAUUAAAGCAGCUCCAUUUUUUGAAACAAAUGAAAACAAUUCCAUAUGUUAAAAUAGUUAAAAAUAGCUCCAAUACAGAUGCAGACUGGGAUAAAAAUAAUCCACUUUAAAAGCAUAUGGAAAGAGGAAGAUCUUCAGGAGGCACUGAAAACACCAUGGAGUAGCCAUCCAUCUAAUGUGUAAAAGGUUGCCGCCGCCACAGUAACCGUUUCUGCAGAGAGCAGUGAUGUUAGGUAUAUGAGGCCUUAGAAAAUCCACAUUCUCCCAAAAUGACUUACAUCAGUAAUAAUAAUAGGCAUGGGCCAGGAUCAGAGGCAGUAUACUUCUAAAUGCCAGUUGUUGUGGAGUGAGAAAAAUGCUGCUGAGUUCAUGCCCUGCAUAUGAGUUUCCCUCAGGCAUCUGGUUGGCCAAUGAGAAUGGAAUACGGGACUAAAUAGGCUUCUGCAGUCUGACCCAGCAGGGCUCUUCUUCAUUCUUAAAGCUUUUAAGUUGCUAGGUAGGACAUUUGACUUUCCAAUUUACAGAGAACAAAUAGAAAAGUUACUAGUUGAGCAGUUGCUUCACUUUUUAUUUGAUGACCUAUGGGAAACAUUUUUUUAAAAUGGAAGUAUUUUUUAGAAGUCUCUUUGAGUAUCUGGUUUACCUUGCCAAUGUUAUGGACUUGUUUGAGAUCAUGAGAUGGGACAGGAAAAAUAACUCCUUCUUUCUUGUAUGUUUCAGCAAACCAUACCUCAAGCUACUGCUGCUAAAUAUCCUCGAACUUUGCACCAAUUUUCUAACACUAUCAGUGCGAGGCCUUCAGGACACAGUGCGAAAUCUCACUCCCAGACCCACAGCAACAUCCAGUCAAUAAAGGUGGUUGACUAGGUUUACAGGUUAAAAUGCUUGUAUUUUACCUUGAACACAUGGAGGCAAAUAUUCUAGGUUACAGUUUAAAAUGCUCCCUGAUGUUUAUACCCCAAGGAUGCAUCAUGUUUUUCCUUUCACUAAUAAUAAUAAAUAUGUAAAAAUGUUUUGAGGCUUAAAUAUAAAGCGCCUGAGUUAGUGCAAUGUAGUUCUUUGUAACUGCAAAUAAGGUCUACUUGAAAUUCUUAUUUUCUUAACUAUUUUAUUAAUGAUUAUUUAAUGUUUUUAAUAAAAAGGAUAAACUGAACUCUGUAUAUUUUAAGAAGCACGAGUAUUUCUACUACUUAAACAUCAAUAGUGCCUUACAUAUAUCUUUUAUUAUUCUGAAGCCCUAAACUGUUGAUGUACCAAUCAGACUUGAAAUUCAGGGUGGUGGGGAUGUUCCUCCAUAAUUUUUGCUGACACCAAAUGAGAAAACAGGGCAAAAUACAAUAUGAAAUAGGUUUCUUUGCCAUGAGUAGUAGUACAUUUAUAGACAUAAUUUGAGUGAAAAUGAAUGCUUUUAUAGAGAAGUAACGUCCCAGUCCUUUGUUUUCAUGAUAGCAACGUUUUGGUUCCCCCCAAUUGUAAAAAGUGGCAUCUGCAGUGCCACUUUUAAAGGUCUCAUAAUGCACUCUUUCAUGAUGAAUUUGAGUUUUAUCAGUUCCACUGGGCCGAGGCCGUUUAGGGCUUUAAAGGUCAGCACCAACACUGUGAAUUGUGCUCGGAAAUGUACUGGGAGCCAGUGAAGAUCUCUCAGGACCGGUGUUAUAUGGUUCCGGCGGCCACUCCCAGUCACCAGUCUAGCUGCCACAUUCUGGAUUAGUUGCAGUUUCCGAGUCCCACAUAGUCUAGCGCAUUGCAGUAGUCCAAGCGGGAGAUAACUAGAGCAUGCACCACUCUGGCGAUGCAUUCUUCCCUGUAUGUGUACUCGGUUUCACACUUUUAUGAUAAAGACACAAAAUAGAACAACUCCAGUUGUUCAACACCAGCUUCCAUCAGUCCUGACUCUUGGCCAUGGCAGAUGGGAACUAGAUUUAAUAAUAGUAAUAAUAAUUUAUGCCACCCUUGUGACUGUAACCUAGUUUGAACAUCGUUAUUUAGACACCACCCUUGCAUAUAAAAUAGCUAUAUGGUAUUCAAAAAUUUUUACAGGUUCAAUAAAAUAGAAAAUACCUUGAAAGCAAUACAAAAUAUUAAUAAAAGGAUGGUCUCAUCUUGAAAGAAAAAUGGUUGGACAGCUAAAUAGGCCUGUUGCCAUAAAAACAUUUUCAAGAAACACCUGAAAAUUAGUGGCUGAGAGUAUUUCACAAAUUGGACUGGCGACACUAAAUGCCUGACUUCUAGUAGGAAGACAAGAAAUUGCUCUCCUCCAGGUGAUCUCUGGUCAGGCUGGGAUAUUCUUGGCCCAGGAUCCAAAGAGGCUUUUGUGGACAUCUAAGGCACUUCAUGCAGAGGUCCUGCCAAUUUCCCUUCCCAAUGCUGACUGCCACUUCAAGGAGCAGCAUUUUGAAAAACCACAGGAGGUUGCAUUGAGAUAUGGAUGGUUGCAAAAGCUUGGGUAUGUACAGCUCUUUCGGCCCUAAUACACAAUUUGUAUAAUUUUGUACCAUCACGCUAUUCUGGGGGAAAAAAUUGGUUUCCAGGUGUCUACUUGCAAAAAUAAGAGAGAGGAACCUUUAAACUUUAGGAGGAAAAAAUUAUGCUGAAAAACACUUUAUACUUAAGGAACAUCAGUUGUGUACUGUAUGGUAACCUCAUGUUAGAACCUUCAGAUUAUGAAGUUUUGAUAAAAUUCAUUGCAUUAAGUUUCAAGAUUCUGUUAAGUAUCUAACGCAAAGUUUUAAAUCACAUGUCCACUAUAGAAUUGUUUGCCGUAAGAAAAAUACAUGGCAUUCUCUUGCCAAAAAACCAAAAACCUUCUGUCGUACAAUUAUGUUUCAGUGCACUGAAAUAGAAGUUUGGGGAACAAAGUGGCUGCUUUUGAAGAAGCAUCUUCUAUUGAAAAAUAAAAAUGGCACCUGUAAAUUCCAGAAUGUAUGUAGUUUCCAGCUCUUCGGUGGAUAAGUUCAUGAAAUUGCACAUUUCUUGGAUUCUGUGCCAGCAUUAUUUUCUGCUCUGAUCUUCUCUGUAAGAGGAAAUACUUGUGAGACUUCAGAAAACAUGGCAUGCCUAUAAUAUGUCAGAUGUGAACGAUUCAUGUUCGUUUCUGCACAAUGCACAAUAUUCAGUAUCCACCCAACCAUCUGCUGUUAAAGUGAAACCAGAGGCAAUUAAAGAACUUCUGAAAUAGAAACAGGCACCCCCAAAACAAA